AUGACGCUGUUCGUUUUGUUAAUGCAGACUUGGGCCGAAUCUCCGCCGGCUCUUGUACUUAAUCCGUCAAAGUCGAAGUAUAUACUAUUCGGUUCUGCAAAGCAACUAUAUAAGCUUCGUUCCGGUGUUAGUAUAGAUAUUGAGGGCUGCGCCAUAGAGAGAGUCUGCAAAGCUCGAAAUUUGGGAUUGCUCAUGGAUGCAGAUUUGAGGUUCGAGGAACACUUAGCAGAAGUAGUUCGCAAUUGUUUCUACAGACUAAAGAUACUCUACAAGGUCCGUCAGUAUCUUUCAGUAGAAGUGCGCUUACAGCUAGUAGAGGCUUUGGUGCUGUCUAAACUAAACUACGCGGAUGUUGUGUUCGGUCCUCGAUUGCUGUGCCGUACGAAGCGUCUCAUCCAGAGAGUGCAGAAUGCAUGUGCGAGGUUUUGUUUCGACAUACCUCCUAGAACCCAUGUAACUCCUUUCUUAAACAAUCAUCACUUGUUAAAAAUGGGUUCUAGAAGGAAGUUGCAUCUUGCAGGUCUUCUCUAUGGCGUAAUAAAGCAAGGUCUCAAGUUUGUGCAUAGUUUCGAUAGACUCGAGGUUUGA